UGAUUAUACCGGGCUGAUUACCGCUGCGGGUGCUCGGGGCUUGAUUCAUCAGACUGAGCAGCGUGGUCCUCAACUGCUACAGGUAGCUUAGCAUCAAAACACCAAGAGUAUAAUUUAGAAUCUAAUUAGCUACGUUCGUUUAAUUAGUUUGGGUUAGUUAGAGGUUGUUGAUCUGCUGAUCAAAGAUGGCGGGGGACUCGGUGAGAUUGUCUAAAAAUCUGUUGAGGAUGAAGUUCAUGCAGAGAGGGCUGGACGCUGAGACGAAGAAGCAGCUGGAAGAAGAUGAGAAAAGGAUCAUCAGUGACGAGCACUGGUACCUGGACCUACCGGAGCUCAAAGCCAAAGAGAACCUGAUCAUUGAGGAGAAGAGUCUGGUGCCCUGUGAGGACCUGUUCUAUGGCCGCCUGUCCUUCAGAGGGUUUAAUCCAGAGGUGGAGAAACUGAUGGCAUUGCUGAAUCCUAAAGAUAAAAAGGAAGAAGAGGAGGAUGAUGUGAGCCACAUGCAGACAGACGUCACAGAUGAAGAAAUGGCUCUGAGGUACGAGAGCUUAGUAGGAACCCUGAAGAAGAAGUUUGCAAAGAAGCGUGAGCGAGCGACGAUGGACGAGGACGACGUCAACCAGAACAUUGUUGAGAAAAACUCAAAGAAAGCCUUCCUGAAACCUCAGGACUGAAAAAAAUUUUAACAGGGGGAACAAACUGGGAAUGCAAACUGAGGACGCUGUUUUUAAUCUUCAUCGCCUCUGCUGUUACUGAUCGAGUUUUAAAAGGAACAUUUCUGCUCGUCUCGCUGGAAGAUCCACCAGUUCUCCUUCUGACCUGGAGCAAGGUGAGCCGCUUCACCCUGAAACCCCGAGAGGCUGCAGUGUGUGUGUGUAUAAACAGGGCUGUUUGUGUAUUUUAUGGAUGCUGUGACCCCCAGAAGCUUCAAGAAUUUGAAAUCAGAAGACAGAUGAGAGCUCACACUCUGUGAAACAUUUGGACUCUUAUUCUCUGACAGAGGCUGAUGGGAAGUUGCUGGUUGAAUUCCUGCAUCACUAAAGCUUUGCAGUGAAUCUCCAGAGGAACUAAACAGCAUCUGAUUGAGUUCAGGUGGCUUCAGUCACUGCAGCUGGUUGAUCCGAUGUUAUUCCCAUGUGUUACAGUGAAGCUGUUUCAGAACCUGAUUGGACUGAGCUGACUUCAGCAGUAAUGAGUUAUUCCUGAACUUGAGUCAUAUUUUAAAAAAAUUUGCCUAAAACUUUUCAUUUUUAAAUCCCUGCUGCUGCAACGCUUCAGGUUAUCUGUGAAGAUGUAUAAGGAAAAGAAUACGAAUGAAGCAAACAGAAGUCAUUUUAAAUAAAACCCAACAUGUCUAAAUGUU